AGUCGACAAAGAGCAAUGUUGAAUCCCGACACGUGAUUGGUCGAAAACUGGAAAGCAAAGCCUGCUGGAGCCACUAGCUGAGUGGCUUAGUAAAUGAGUCCGUAAGUCGGAUCCAUCAUGGCUCAGAAACUAUUUGUGUUAUUUGAGCAUGGCUCAGGUUACGCUAUUUUUGAAGUCAAAGAGUUUGAUGAAAUUGCCCUUCUUGCCCCUCGUGUGGAGCAGAGUAUUGGAGAUCUUAGUAGAUUUAACUCAGUUGUUCAGCUUGCUGGGUUUUGUCCUUUCAAGAGUGGUACUAAUGCCUUGGAUAACAUGAACAGUGUGUCUGAAGGGUUGCUUCACAAUGAUCUGAAAGUUUUCUUGGAAAGUAAUGUUCCAAAGUCUUCAAAGAAACUGAAGGUGUUAUUAGGUGUAGCUGACGCCAAAAUUGCUGCUGCCAUCAACGAAGAGCUUCAAAUGAAUUGCCUGUCCAGUGGAGUCGUGCCAGAAAUUUUGCGAGGCAUCAGACUGCAUUUCCACAACCUUGUUAAAGGUCUUACAGAGCAGUCAGCAUCAAAGGCACAACUGGGUUUAGGACACAGUUAUUCCCGUGCCAAGGUUAAGUUUAAUGUUAACCGUGUAGACAACAUGAUUAUUCAGAGCAUUGCCUUGCUUGAUCAGCUGGACAAAGAUGUGAACACAUUCUCCAUGCGAAUCAGAGAGUGGUACUCCUAUCAUUUUCCAGAGUUAGUGAAGAUUGUGACAGACAACUACAUGUACGCUAGAGUGGUACAGGUUAUCAAAAACAGGAAAGAGAUUACGCCAGAGAUGGUUGAACCUUUGGAAGAAAUUAUCAUGGACAGUGCAAAGGUUCAGGCUAUUUUUGAUGCUGCAAGAUCCUCCAUGGGAAUGGAUAUUUCACCAGUUGACCUGAUGAAUAUCGAAUUGUUUGCAUCACGAGUAAUUGCACUGGCAGAGUAUCGCAAGACUCUUGCUGAAUAUCUUGUUUCACGUAUGCAGACUGUGGCACCAAACUUAGCAGCACUUAUAGGAGAGCAGGUUGGUGCUAGACUCAUUGCCCAUGCUGGCAGCCUUACAAAUCUGGCCAAGUAUCCAGCCUCAACUGUUCAGAUUCUUGGUGCAGAGAAAGCCUUGUUCAGGGCACUUAAAACCAGAGGUAACACACCCAAGUAUGGUCUCAUUUUCCACUCCACUUUUAUUGGACGAGCUGGUACAAAAAACAAAGGGCGCAUUUCACGCUAUUUGGCUAACAAAUGUUCUAUUGCUUCCCGCAUUGACUGUUUUACAGACAUUCCUACUUCUGUAUUUGGGGAACAUCUUCGACAGCAAGUGGAAGAUCGUCUUAAGUUUUAUGAAACUGGUGAACCUCCAGCAAAAAACAUUGAUGUAAUGAGCCAGGCUCUUACUAAGGCGGAAGAUGUUAAGGCAAAGAUCAUCAAACAAGAGAAGAAAAAGAUGAAGAAAGAAAAGAAAAAAGAGCUAGAAGCUCUGGAGCAUCAGCAGGCAGAAGAAUCUAUGGAGCUUGACGUGAAGCCAAAAAAGAAAGACAAGAAGAGGAAGUUAGAUGACUCUGCAGAGUUUUCCACUGAGAAUGCAGAUGAGGAAACAAAAACAAAGAAGAAAAUAAAAGAGGAGUCAAGAGAUGAUGAACCAACAAAGAAAAAGAAAAAGAAAAGACAGGACAACUCACUUGAGGAGUCUCUUGUAAGCGAAGCAGUCGAUGACAGUUUAAUGGAAAAGCCAAAGAAAAAGAAGAAAAACAAAGGUAUUGUCAAUGGUGAUGAUUAUCAUGAAGAAAAUCUUGGAAAGAAGGCAAAAAAGAAGAAAAGAGCCACUGAAGAUGCUGAUGAUGCUGAUGAUUAAGAAUAUGAAAGAAUUGAAUCGUUAUAGGGUGCAUAACUUGAAAUUUAUUGUCACUGAAGAUAUUGCUGCACAGACCAGCAGCUUUAUAAAUAACAUACUAUGAAAUAAAAAUAAAAAAAAUCAUUAAUGCACACACUGUUCACAAUGCCAAGACACUUAUUUCUGAUAGUUUUUUUUUUUUUUUUUUUUGAUGGCAUGCAGUGAAUUGGUUUUGAGUAGAUCCUGAGAUCUUUUCAAGUAAAGGUCAGUUUGAAGAAAUUAUGAUUAUGAUUGUUGUUAUAAAUGUGAUACUAAAUAGGUAUCUAUCUUCAUAUGAAAUAAACAUUUUAACAUCA